AUGGAGUCUGAUCAGGCAAUUCAAGAAAACUCAGAGCAGGUCUCGGAUGAUAAGCAAGGUGCAAGUCAAGCAGCAAAGUCAUAUGAGUGCACUUUUUGUAAAAGAGGGUUUUCUAAUGCGCAAGCUUUAGGAGGGCACAUGAACAUUCACCGAAAAGACAAAGCCAAGCUCAAGCAAGUCUCCUCAUCGAAUACUAUUGAAACUAAACAACACCAACAACAACAACAACAAAGACUUUUGGACAUCCCAAAGAUGCCCUCCUCGUAUUCUUCUCCAAUAGUUCCCACCAUCAAUUCUUCAGAACACAAUAAGCUUAAGCCUAGUCGUGAUGCUGAAAGAAACACAUCGACAUGGCCUUGGUUUCUCAACAAAGAAGGUGAUGCCACCAUGAGGCAUAAUAUUGAUCCAAACCAUCUUUCCCAAGUCCAACAACAACUCCCACUAUUUUCUCAAGCAACAUCACAGGCCAGAGUUCACGAAAAUCCAGGUUUACGACAAGUUCAUGGGGAUCAAGGUUUGCAGCCAUCGGCUUCGGAGUUAGACCUUGAGCUUAGGCUAGGGCCUGAGCGUCAAGAUUCAUCAUCAAAGGCAAACACUACAAGAAAGUUCUUUUGA